UGUUAGUGAGGCAUCUCGAGUGAUGGUAGCGUCGCGUAACUAUGCAGACUUUGCAAGUGAAGCUACGUUUGAAAUUAAGAAAUGUGACCUCCAUCGCCUGGAAGAAGGCCCUAGUACCACAGCAGUGAUGACUCGAGAAGAGGGGCUCCAUUACUACAAGACAAUGCAGACCAUACGACGCAUGGAGCUGAAGUCUGACCAGCUGUACAAGCAGAAGAUUAUCCGUGGCUUCUGCCACUUAUAUGAUGGUCAGGAGGCUUGCUGUGUAGGGCUUGAAGUUGCCAUAAAGCCUACAGACCAUGUGAUAACAGCUUACAGAGCUCAUGGCUUUACCUAUGCCCGAGGAGUGCCUGUUCGAGAGAUUCUUGCUGAACUUACAGGUCGAAAAGGAGGGUGUGUGAAGGGAAAAGGAGGAUCAAUGCAUAUGUAUACCAAAAACUUCUAUGGUGGCAAUGGUAUUGUUGGUGCUCAGGUUCCUCUUGGAGCGGGAAUUGCGCUGGCCUGUAAAUACUUUGGUAAAAACGAAGUCUGUCUGACGUUAUAUGGGGACGGUGCAGCCAAUCAGGGCCAGAUAUUUGAAACGUACAAUAUGGCCGCCUUGUGGAAGUUGCCUUGUGUCUUUAUCUGCGAGAACAAUCGGUACGGAAUGGGAACUUCGGUGGAAAGAGCUGCAGCCAGUACUGACUACUACAAAAGAGGGGACUUCAUUCCAGGGCUCAGGGUGGAUGGCAUGGAUGUUCUCUGUGUUCGAGAAGCGGCAAAGUUUGCAACUGAGUACUGUAGAGCUGGAAAAGGUCCUAUUCUGAUGGAGUUACAGACAUACCGUUAUCAUGGUCACAGUAUGAGUGACCCUGGGAUAAGCUAUCGUACUAGAGAAGAAAUUCAAGAAGUGAGAAGCAAAAGUGAUCCCAUUACUUUGCUGAAGGACAGGAUGGUUAACAAUAACCUUGCUAGCAUUGAAGAAUUAAAGGAAAUUGAUGUGGCAGUAAGAAAGGAGAUUGAGGAAGCCGCUCAGUUUGCUACCACUGAUCCAGAGCCACCAUUGGAAGAACUAGGUAACCACAUCUACUUCAAUGAGCCUCCCUUUGAAGUGCGUGGCCCAAACCAGUGGAUCAGGUACAAGUCUGUCAGCUAAAGGCCUUUUUGUUUGCAUAACUUAUUCAUAAGAAUAAGUAAAUGCAUUUACAGGAACUGUAAUGACUCCAAAACAAACCUUAAACUUAUUU